CCGCGUCUGGUACGGCUUUUGAAUGCGUGACUUCGUAGAGAAGCGGACACUUCACUCUGCCAUCGUGAAGCAGGCCUCGGUGUUGGUUAGAGUGUGUUGCAGGGUGAAUCAGGAUGGUGGACCAGCCUCUGUGGGAGCAGAUAGGAUCCAGCUUUGUGCAGCACUACUACAACAUAUUUGACUCGGACAGAUCACAACUUGGAACCAUAUAUAUCGAUGAGUCAUGCCUCACAUGGGAAGGUCAGCAGUUCCAGGGGAAAAAGGCAAUUGUUGGGAAGCUCAUUAGUCUACCCUUCCCAAAAAUAGUGCAUAGUAUAACAGUGCAGGACCACCAGCCAACUCCAGACUGCAGCAUCUUGAGUAUGGUAGUAGGACAGCUAAAAGUAGAUGACGACCCUGUCAUGGGUUUCCAUCAGAGUUUCCUCCUGAAGAACAUUAACAAUGCGUGGGUGUGCACCAAUGACAUGUUCAGGCUGGCCAUUCACAACUUUGGUUAACCACCCUCCCCCCUCUGGUGGGCAGGGGCGCCCCACGUGAGUGACGUAUGGAGGGAGGGGAAGGAGGAGUUGGGGAUGGAGAGAAGAGAGGACACUAGCCUCUCCCUCCUGCUAUCUCAUUUACGACCUGCUUGACUCUUGCAAACACCGGAUUCUAGAUGUCAAUCACUGAACCUCAUCCAAGAGGGUUUACAGACCGCCCCAGCCAGUAGAACUGCGAUUUUCGUUUCUUUGCUGUGAGCCGGCCAACCAAUCAGAUGCCCCUGUCUGCCACUCCGCUGAUCUGCAUGACGCCGGAAGUCCCCCAUUACAAUAUCUACACUCAAGGCACCAGAGAGACAAACUGACGCCAUCUACUCGAACUCUGCUCCGCUCUCCACCUUUUCUUAAUUAAAAUCCAUUCUAAUCUACUGUUAACUCCUCUGCUAUCAAAUCAGUUAUUUUAGCACUGUUGUUUACUGGUUUGUAGCUCCAUGUUCCGGUUCAUAGACUGCUCCAUCAGUUUCGACUUCUUUUGUUAUAAGUUGUUUUUAGUUGCCACUUGUGUGUUGCCUUAGUGUGUUCAAAUGAGUUUCAUCUUCCUUUUACACAACUGUUAACUUUGCCAUGAUUCACUCUCAUGCCUGGUUUUGCUCUUGCAAACCAAAGAAUCAUGGAGGACAAAGUUUGACCGCGCUGUGUGAUUGGCUCCUGAAUAUUCUCUCUUGCGCUCUCUCUCUCUCAAUCUGUCUUUCCUCUUUCACACAGACAUGUCUGGCAGUUAACAUGGACUACAGCCACGAUAAACAAUAAAACCUGGACUUUUUUCUUAAUGGUGUGGCCUUGUCUCUCCAUGU